AUGAAAGCUGCAAAGAAAAUGCCGAUUAAAUGGAUGGCUCCAGAAACCAUGACUAACUUCACGUUCACUCAGAAGACAGACGUCUAUAGUUACGGGGUCCUCAUAUAUGAAAUAUUUUCUGGUGUCGAGCCGUACGAAGGUGUGACAAAUACGCAAACAAAGAAAAUGAUAAUGAACGGGCAAGUAAACCAAUUCCCUGAUGGUACACCAUCAAUGCUAGUCGAAUUUGUGCGAGAAAAGAUAUGGGAUCCAGAUCCGGAUACGAGGCUCAAUAUGACUGCUGUAUGUCCCAUUACCUUCUUUUUGCUACAGUUUCUCGGAAACUCGAUGUCGGUUGGGAGAUAA